CCGUCUGGCCAUGCGCACUCUGUGUUUCGGGGGGCUGCACUGCGGGCUACCGCUGUUGCCCAUGCCGGGAUUCCGCUGUUGCCCACGCCGGGAUUCCUCUGUUGCCCACGCCGGGAUCUGCCGCCCAGGAUCGUUGGAAUUGGCGGCACCUCUGUGUCCUGCAGAUGGACAACCUGCUCACCAGGGUGGACACUGAUCCCAUUUAUAGCCACCCACCCACUCUGGGCACUGCUACUAACACUAACCUUGGAACUGGUGUUCUGUCUGGCUACUCUGGGGGCUUCUCUAUGGUUCUGCUCCUGGAGCUGAACUCUGCAUGCUUGUACCUGCAGAAGCUUCUGCUGUUUGCUUCCCAGGACCCAUUCCUGGCCUUCAGCUUAGUCACUUGUUCACUCUGGUCCUCUUCCAUCUGCUUGGUGCUUCUGGUUAUUCUGACAGCACUACCAGGUACCUCUGAUGCUGGUUAUUCUUGGUAAAGUAAGCUUGGUCACUGUGGGUGUGACAAAUACCAUAUUAGAUGUUCACAUUCUAGUUAGUGAUAUUUGUCCUUGGACCCAAGGAAAUUAGGGGGAACAGGAUAUGUUGUGAUGGGGGGCUGGUCAGCAAAAACAAUUCCAUUCUCAGCCUAAAAGACUAAAGCAGGGCUGGGAAGGUGGCUCAGUGGUAGAGUGCUUGCCUUGCAUGCAUGA